AGUUUGCGCUCUUCCUAUUUCUGACACGCACCAGGAGGAGACAAUGGCGUUUUUCGGAAGGUUUUAUAUCGAUGUGUUACUUUUUAUGGUCAUUGUAUUCAUUGCCUAUAACGGUGUUGCAGCGCAAGGUAAAGAUGCUCAAUGUUUUUUAUCCAAAAGUUCUAAAUGUAGACCUGCAACUGGUGGCAGCGAGAACAACAAACAGAAGAUGUGCAGUGGAUUAUCUACCUAUAUAAGUUGCAUUCAAAAUGCAAUGAACGAGUGCAAUGUUAGCACUGGCAAGGAUAUGCUGGAACGUGCCCAGAAACAACUUAAAGAUCAUGGCUGUUCUGGAGCCGGUCUUCCCGUGGUCAGCGUGCUGUGUCUUCUUGUGGCUACAGUUUUCCAUCUGAUGUAAAGACGAAUUCUUUUAGGAUGAUUUAUUUAAGACAUUUAGCGAUAAAGCUGAUAUUUAAGGACCCUCUGCACACUCUAGGAAAAAAAGUUGUUUAGGCGUAGAGAAAAUUUAAUUGCAUAAAUUUGGAAAUAUUGACCUUAUCUGCUUAAUUUUCAAUACAGGGUACCUGACGUUCACCCCUAGAAAAAAUGCUUAGAGACAACAAAGUACUGAUGAACAGAAAACAAUG